AUGACUUCUUCAAAUCCAUCCUCUCUUGCGGGCAAAACAGCCCUCAUCACCGGCGGUAGUCGAGGCAUCGGCGCCGCCAUCGCCUUCCAGUUUGCGAAAAAGGGCAUCACAGGCAUCGCGGUGACAUACGCCAACAGUCCCGAAGCCGCCGAAGAAGUGCUUGCCACCUGUCGCGAGCUAGGCGUGCGAAAGACCGUGGCAGUGCACGCGGACCUCCUGGACGCUGAAAUCGGCCCCAACGUGAUCCCGAAGGUGCUCGCCGGCCUGGAGACCAAGACGCUGGAUAUCGUCGUGAACAAUGCGAUUGUUGUCGACUUCGCCCUGAUGCAGCCCUUUGAAGGCAUCACGCUCGACGCGUUCUCGAAAGCCAUACAGGGCUCUGUCUUUGGCCUCAUCAGUAUCGUCCAGGCUGCCCUGCCCCAUCUGCCUGCACGGGGCGGCCGAGUCAUCAAUAUAUCCAGCAUUCGGUCCAAAACAGCCAAUACCGAUCCCAUGAUGAUCUAUGGCGCCUCCAAGGCAGCGGUGGACAGCAUCACGAGGUCCCUCGCUCUGACGUACGGAAUCAAGACCGGGGCCACAUUCAACUCGGUCAGCGUCGGAGGAACACUGACCGAUGCGUUGAAGAACGUUAUCCAGCAGGUUGGCCCGGCUUUGGAGCAACAGAUCGUUGCCGAUUUUACGACUGAGAAGCGCAUGGGGUUGCCGGAGGAUAUUGCUUUCGUGGUUGGAUUCCUCGCUAGUGAGGAAGCCCGUUGGAUCAACGGGAGUUGUGUAGCGGCGAACGGUGGUAACAGGGAUUUGCUUGCGCUCCAGGGAUGA